GGGACAGGCUUGCUAUAUGUUUGGGACAACGGGCUUCUACAGAAGGUGCCAAUUAGGUUCAACAGUUCGGGAAAAGCAUCUACUUUACAGUUUGGAGAACACAAAGGGGAGAUAUCGUACGUAGGCAAUGCGAUUGAUGUUGCAUCUGGAUAUGGCAAGAUUGGUUGGUGGUUUAAGGAUCCCAUUGAUUCAACAGUUUGGCUUGUGCGCAGCUACAAGAGGAACACUGUGAUAGAGAAGUAUUCCAAUGAGGCGUCCCUUUCAGGGAGCCCCAUAGAAAAAAUUGAUUUAGGUGGAGAGGUAUGUGAUGGAACAGGACAUGCCAUAUAUUCCGGCUAUUUCUACUGCAACUUGGCAAAUACAAAUCAUGUCGUCAAAGUAAAGAUUAGCUCUCGAACAAUAGUUGGAAGUGUUGGCCUGAUAGAUGCCGGGUAUCGUAAUACAUACUCUUACGGUUGGGGAGGAUACUCGGACAUUGAUCUUGCUUUGGACAAUGGAAAUCAACUUUACGCCAUAUAUGGUUCAAAACAAAAUGAUGGAAACUUUGCAAUUGCACUUUUAGACAUCGAUACAUUCGUCAUUGUUAAAACAUGGCAGCUCAAUGUAAAGAAACAGGGAAGUGGAAAUGCAUUCAUGGCAAACAGAAUGCUAUAUAUUCUGG